GGUUGCUGUUGUACAACACCAACAACACCCUCUCAAGGAGAUUUACUCACCUCUACGCAUCGGCUCGCGCGAGAUUGUUCGGUCCGUCUAGCUGCUGCUGCUGCCUUCCCUCCUUGGUUUUACUUCCUCUUCCGUUCCUUACGUUGCGCGUUGAUUGCGGUACGCGCGUAUACAUAUUUAUAUCUUUCUUGGUGUGUGUGUGUGUAUGCUCCACUGCGACGCGUGAAGUCGGAGAAAGAAGAGCCAUACGAGAUACAACUACUUCUCUAGUUUCGUGCAACGAUACACGCCCAUACCUAACUAUACAUCCCUCUAUACACACAGGAGAACGCCGUCCGCCGCAGCAGCGUCUGCGGUAUCAUCAUUAUUAUUUGUUUUCCCCCUGUGCUAAUAACGAGCGCGCGCGAGACCAAACAGGGCAAAGAUGGCGCCUCCGCCCUUCUCGAUGGAGCGUACGAAGUACGACAUGAGCAGCUUCUGGGGCCGCACCCGCUACUGGGCCGAGUCGAUCAGCCCCGUCAUGCUGCUAGAGAAUGAGCGCACCUUGCAGAAGGCGCAGAUGCUGCUGGACCGGUGGAAGGACGGCCAGGCUGGAAACGCCAGCGACGCGGAACUCUGGCACGCCCGCAUGGCCGUCGAGAGCUGCAUCCACCCCACCACGAAGGAGGUGCUGAGCCCCGUCUUCCGCAUGUCCAUGUUUCUCCCCAUGAACUACUUCGUCGUCCCCGUGAUGAUGAUGCCGUCCACGGUCAUGAGCAUCUCACGCACCAUCGCGAUUCAGUGGUUCAACCAGAGCUACAACAGCGCGGUGAACUACGCAAACCGCUCGUCGGACGCGCAGCCGGCGAGCGAGAUCGCGAAGGCGUACACGGCCGCCGUCGUCGUCGCCUGCGGGGGGAGUCUCACCGCCACGAUGUGGCUGAAGCGGGUGCCGACCGGCACGGUAAAAGCGACGCUGAUCCGCGCGUCGGUGCCGUACCUGGCCGUGAGCUGCGCCGCGGUCGUCAACUUGGCGAGCAUGCGAAAGAACGAGUGGCUGAGCAGCGGGGAGGGCAUUCGGGUGGUGGACGAAGACGGCAGAGAACGCGGCACGAGCACGGCGGCCGGCUUCGACAGCCUGAAGAAGUGCAGUGCGACACGCGUUAUUUGGAACUUACCCUGCAUGGUGCUGCCGACGCUGUGCAUGAUGCCGCUGCUGCGCGUCAGCCGUCUCGCGCGGCGCCACUCGGUGGCGACGGAGAGCUUCCUGCAGAUGCUCGGCAUUUCGAUCGGUGUGCCGCCCGCGCUGGCGGCCUACGCGCUGACGCAGACGAUUCCGGCGACGAAGCUGGAGCCGCGCCUUCAGAACCUGACCCGGGAGGACGGGUCGCCAGUGCAGAACUUUACCUACUACAAGGGUUUGUGA